AGUACCAUAAUUUGAAGAUUCAUUUCUUGUUCUUUUUUUUGCAAAGAUUACUGAUAGAGAAGAAAGAGGAAUCCUAAAUGGGGCGUUGGAUCAGGCCAGAGGUAUAUCCACUCUUGGGAGCGAUGGGAUUCGUGACAUCAAUGGUCGUGUUUCAGCUCACAAGAAACGCGAUGCUGAAUCCUGAUUGCAGGAUAAAUAAAGGGAAUAGGAAGUCAGGGGUGCUGGAGAACGAGGAGGAGGGGGAGAAAUACGCACAACACAGCCUCCGCAGAUUCCUAAGGACUCGAGCCCCUCAAGUCAUGCCCGCCAUCAACAAUUUCUUCUCCCAAGAUCAUCACUAACCACCAUAAAUUAAUAUUUUCCCAUUUUUAAUUCCUAUUUUCUCACUUGUGAUAUAUUUGUUUCAUGAAUAAAGCAAACUUUCCUU